UCCCAGAUGGAGGAUGACGGCGCAGGUCGGGUUUCUGACGAGUCAAGCUGUGCCGUGUGUGGAGAGACCUUCCUCGCUCCUAUGGUCCUCUGCUGCGUAGCCUGUUCCCAGAGCUUUUGUAGUUAUUGUUUGGAAAAGUUUUGGACGCAGUUUGGUGCUAAAGAGUGCCCUCUCUGCUUUUAUGAGUGUCUUGGAUUUCCACACAAGCCAUGUGAAGCACAUGGCGAGAGACUGUAUCUCCUCUGUAUGGCUGACUUGGAGCCAGUCUGCUCUAUUUGCAGGAGAUCAGACCCACACGUUAACCACAGAGCAUAUCCUAUCAAGAAGGCAUUUACAAAUUCUAAGGAGGAACUAAAGAGUGCCCUUCUGCCCUUGAAAGAGAAACUACAGCUUUACAGAAAAACUAAAUUGGCAUGCGAGGAAAUGGCAGAACACAUCAAGAACCAAGCGGAACACACUGAAACACAGAUCAAAGAUGAAUUUGAAGUUCUUCACCUUUUCCUGAAGGAGCAGGAAGCCGCCAGACUUUCUGCUUUAAAGGCAGAGGAGGAUCAAAAGAAUCUGAUGAUUAACCAGACGAUUGAGGAGAUGACCCAUGAAAUGACAUCUCUUUCCAACACCAUCAGAUUAGUGGAACAGGAAAUGACGAGUCAAGACAUACCAUUUCUUAAGAAUUACAAGGAAACAAUUAGAAGAACCUGGAAAAGUCCUCCUGAGCCUGAAAUGAUACCCGAUGCUCUUAUUGAUGUGGCCAAGCAUUUGGGCUCGCUAAAAUAUAAAGUCUGGGAAAAAAUGAGGAAAAUAGUUAAAUACACUCCAGUGAUACUGGAUCCAAACACAGCAGCAAGCUGCUUCAUCCUCUCCGAGGAUCUCACGGUUGUGCAGAACUCGACUCAGAUCUUCAAGCUGCCAGACAACCCAGAGCGCUUUGAUGUCAGUGCGGAGAUGUUUGCUGCCGACGGCUAUUCCUCAGGUCUCCGUAGCUGGGAUGUGGAGGUCAAAGAUAACACUUACUGGGUGAUAGGAGUAGCCAGUGAUUCCAUCAACAGGAAAGGUAAACACGUGCUGACGCCAGCGGAAGGAUUCUGGACGAUCCGAUACCGUAAUGGAGAGCACAAAGCCUGUACGGCACCGUGGGAGUCGCUCAACAUGUCUCGGAAGCCAGAGGUGAUCAGAGUGGUUUUAGACAUGGACAACAGGAAAGUGACAUUUUGUGACCCAGAACAAAAAAGGACUCUCUACACCUUCAAAGACAUCCUCACGCCCACAGUCUUUCCCUACUUCUGCACGGCUUGUAAAGAACAUCCUCUGAAAGUCCUACCAACAAGGAUCAACUUGUCAUUGGACCAUUAA